CAUGUAAAAACUGUUGGGAAUUGUCCUAUUUGAUCCAACAGGAGCGCACACUGACUUCACUUGUAGUUUCCUAAAUGAAGGCUUCAUGUUUUCCUCCCAUUGGACCGCAGACAGAGGCUGUCAGAGCCGCAGCGUGUCUUUCUUCCUCGCAGCGCAGUAAAACAUUAGAGGGAGAGGAGGGACUCAAGUGAGGAAGGCUUCAGUCCAGUUUCCACCGCGAACACCAGAACACAUUUUACCGAGAAAUGGGGUGUAGGCUCCCAAAGCUGAGGAAGGCUGAGGAGAAGCGCAGCCCCGGGAACAUCUACUCCACCCUCCGACGGCCUCAGGUGGAAACUAAAGUGGGAGUGGCCUACACCUACCACUUUUUGGAUUUCCUGUUGGGGAAAGAAGAGGUGCCGGUGUCAUCWGUGCUUUCUCUGUCUUCGGUCCGAGAGCUGCCGGUUCAGGUCAGGGACCUCUAUGCGCAGGGAUUCGUCCUGGUGGCCGUGCACCCGUUCGUUCACCCCUGUGGGCCUCGCCAUGCGCACAUCCAGCGCCAGCUCCACCGGGCCGUGUUGGUCCGAGAGACCCACAGUUCAGAGAAAAGCCAUCUGAAGUGGGCAAGAAAUCGCCUGGAGACAGACGUCUGCGUGGCCAGCCAACAGGCUGCAGACCCAGAGAUGAUUCAGAGCUAUGUCAAAAAGAUCCAGGACGUGGCGGAACAAGGGGUAAUGUUUGUGGGCUUUCUCCAGCAGCCUGGCGGAGGACCGUAUUUCUUGGGUCACUGGGACCCCGAGGAGCUGUCGUCGUUACACUCCAGCCCGUCGCCCAUACACCGACACCCUUUCAGCGCCAACACGAGCCCGACAGAUCCCACAGAACCUAACUCAAACGACACAGAAGCUGAUUUGUGCCGCUGCGAGUCUCAGGAUGCCGAUGGCGACGAUGUGGAAUGUAACAGCACACCAGCGUCCAGGGCCCUGAAACGCACUCAGAUCUCAGCGCGCAACCCAGAGGACCAAACUGAAACCUCACAGACUGAUGUCAAAAAGUCAACAAAUGGACCUCAGAAUCACGUCCAACACGAUGCAGACGGGGUUAAAAACACAACAGAUGCCCAGGCAAACCAGUUGAACGUGAAACCACCAGAAACAGCAGGCGCAUUAAGUAAAUUAGCAGAUAAACAACAUUUUACCGGAUCUGCAGAGAAACAAUCUAACUUUUCAUAUCUGAGAGAAAAAAGAGGCUCAAGCUCUGACAGCUGGCUCAGCUCCCCAGAGCUGGAUGAUAAAAAACUGGACUCAGCCAAUCAAGAUGGGCAAAGGAGAGUUACGACACAUAACAAUAACCAUAUCAGACUAAAGAGCUCAGAGAAAGACAAAGGUGCAACGUCGCCACCAACGCAGGCCAGGAUGCAGCUGUUUGCUCUGUACAACCACACAGCAGAGCUGAAUACCUCUCUGAGGUUCUACUCCCUCAGAGUGCCACUUCAAGUGCAAAAGGAGGCGGGGCUGAUCACRGACCUCGAUGCAAACUGGCUCGACCACAUGACUCAACAUUUUAUCAGCGGAGCACACCUCAUUGAUGGGUUUUUCCACCUCACAGAUGACAAUGAGAAUGGAGUCUCAUCUGUGGAUAGUGUGUUCAUCUUCCAGAGCUCUGCAGAGGAGACCACAAACAUCUCCUAUGAUGCUAUUGUGGUUGAGCAGUGGACCAUUGUAGAUGGAGUUGUGGUAAAGACAGACUACAUCCCUCUGCUCCAGUCRUUAGCUCCAUAUGGAUGGAGACUGAUGUGCGUGUUGCCCACACCCAUUGUCAAAACAAACAGCGAUGGGAGUUUGUCGACUAAGCAAAUCCUUUUCCUUCAGAGACCCGUUAUGCAGCGCAAGAGAAAAGACUUCAAGAUGCUGAACCUCAGAGGUCGCAGCAAGGCAAAGAAGCAUUCUGCCGGAGAAGCGCUGGACGAACAAGAGAGCAAGUCCCUCGUGAUCGCGACUGAGAUGGACAGGCUGAGAAGCAACACGGAGGAGGARGAAGAGGAGGCGGCAGACGGGGGGGAGAGCAGGGACAGCGGAAGGAGCAGGAGCCUUCAGAGGAGUGUUGAGGAGGCACCACAUCAAAAGAGCUUCUCGUUCCUGUUGGAGCGCAGGGCUUCCGUGGAGCAUGAGGAGGAGGAAACCGAYGUGGACGAGAUCCCGCAGGAGACGCUGGUGAGAUGGACGGGUUUAUGUCAGCGUGAUGCUCGGGGGUUAAAGGAAAAGGUCAGGGCGGAGGAGCGGAUCAAACACCAGCUGUUUUCAGGUGUUUGUUGACAGACUGGGCACGAGGCAGACAAAAAGCUUUUUUAACUUUUCGUUGCUGCGACAAACCCAAAGGUGCCCACAGUGUGUCGUGCUCAUGGCUCCGUCUGCUCUGGUUUGGGUAAACGAGGAGCUGCUCUCUCCUUUGGGUUUGCUUUCAGAUGUCUUACACAGCGUAACCUAGAGCUAGUCUCCAGUCGAUGCCUUAAAUAUCAUUUUUYCUCGCGCUUUUAUUUUUCACAAAUUGUCGUUUUAGGCUGGAAUUUUUAAUUUCACUUGUUCUACUGAAUAUUUUCAUAUAAACUAGAAAAGUCAAGGAAAAAAAGUAGGGUUCGAUAGAGCUUGAACCAAUAGAUCCAAAAAUAUUUGGGCACAUUUUAUUUUACUUGUCUCAAAUUGCAGUUAUGGGGCUGAACAGGAUUCUUACCUUUAAUUUGAACUUACUUAUAUAAAAGUCAGAAUUACACAUCUUCUAAUUCUAUAACUUAUUGAAAAAAWAUGAUGUCAAGUCCUUCAGAGGAGUCUUUCAUUCAUGGCAGCACGGUGCCUCAGUGGUUGGCACUGGUGCCUCACAGCAAAAUGUUGCAGGGUUCGAUCCCCGGUUUGGACGUGGGGUCUUUGUGUGGAGUUUGUGUUUCUYCCACAGACCAAAAACAUGCACAAUAGGUUGCCUUUAGGCCCAGGCCUACUUAUAAAAGAGAUCUGUGAUCUCAGUGGGAUUAGCCUGGUUAAAUAAAGGUUAAUAAAUAAUAACAAUAUAAUUGUUUCUGCAUCAGUUAAGCAGUAGGUCUGGGUCAGUUAUAAGGAUCAGAUGAGACCUUUGCUCAGAAGAACAGAACAACAAAAUGAAAAUUUCCCACAAAUAUGAGACAUGGAAAUCCAAACCACUCACCAUUUUUACCCCUUAAUAAAGCAGCUGGCGAUCAUGUAGUUGCCUGUUUUAGUCUCRUCUGUUAGCAAAUAGCUCUUGAAGCAUUUGAACAAAUCUCAAUCUUUGUAUAAACAUCUACAACURAUGAGGAGUCAACCAGAUUCAAGUUGGCCWCCACUAAUUCACCUUAGCAAACAUUAAAACAGCAAUAAUUCAGACAGUUCUGUAGAUAUUGAGGUGAAAUUGUGCGUGGUGGUGGCUGAGAGUCUUCCCCAGCACAUAUYCUGAGCACUAACAGAUCAUGGAAAACUCUUUGUUGAUAACUGGGGUGAAGGGUAAGGAAUGUCGUUAUAAUAAAACAGAAGAAAAAGCUGUAACAUGCUAUAACUACACUUUAUUUAGGCUUAUUUAGCCUCAUUAAGAAAUAGUUAACCUUGAAAACAUCAUUAAGGGUGAUUCAUACUUAAGCUAUAAAUGAAACCAUUUAAGUUUUUUUUACAUUUACCUAUAAAGGGUAAUUAUUUCUAAAACCAAGAUACUCAUUGUUUAUUCAUGCUUAAUAACUUAUGAAAUAACUGUUCUGUUUACUGCGUGUUUAUUUAUGUAAAUGCUCAUUUAAAUGUAUUUUUGCUUAUUAAGUAUGAAUCAUCUUCAAUUAAUGAAGUUUCCAGAUUAAUUAACCAUUUAUUAAUGAUCAAAUAAGAAUAAAUAAGGUGUAGUUAUUAUGAAGUGUUGCUAAAAAAAGACCUCACUUAUGAUUUGGAUAUUUAAGCCCCCCCCAAAAUAGCUGCAAAUCCUAAAGCCUUCAACAGGUAAACAAGUAGAUUGCUGGUCUGGUGUAAAGAAUAAUCCAGAAUAAAACAAUUACAUAAUACACAAUAUUUCAAAAUAACUGUCUUAAUGGUUUCAGUCUUACAUCACAGUUUUUUAAACUGUUGGGAGUAAUUCAAUUCAAACAUCUUUUAGCUUGAUUUGACUGGAGGAAGCCAUUUUAAAAGUGACUUCCUCUUAAUUCUGACCAAUUUGUAAUAAUUUUAUUGUUCUAAAUUAAAAGUGAUCCAAUAAAAACGUGUCCUUUAAAAACGAGCUAUUUAUUACUUUUUUCUUGGACUACCUGUGAAGUGUAAAAGUGAUGUAACAUGUAGGUCUGGAUAUUAAAAAGACCAAUAAAGUGUUUCAAAACAAAA